CAGAAGAAGUGUGUGACGGAGUGACACAGUGUGAGUGUCACAUGUCACUAGUUUGACACCUCCACUGCUUCCUCACACAUAAACACACAACACACACACACUCUGGAGGAGACAGACCACGACAUGGCGACGGGUGACAGCUUCGACUCAUGGCUUAACCAGGCCACAGACCCAAACAACCAGGUGGACAGGUGGGACUGCAUCCAGGGCUUCUACCAGCUCGUCAACAAAGAGCUCGAUGGGCCACAGGUCGCCAUUCGCCUUCUCGCUCACAAAAUCCAGUCCCCACAGGAGAAAGAGGCUCUGCAGGCACUCACUGUUCUCGAGGCGUGUAUGAACAACUGUGGAAAGAGGUUCCACUGCGAGGCCGCCAAGUUUCGGUUCCUGAAUGAACUCAUCAAAGUGUUAACACCAAAGUACUUUGGAGCGUGGACUCCUCAGAAGGUGAAGGACAGAUUGACAGAGGUUCUCUACGGCUGGACGCUGUGGCUGAAGGACGAGCCCAAGAUUCAGGAAGCGUACGGCAUGCUGAAGAAACAAGGGAUUGUGAAGGAAGAUCCCAAACUGCCAGACACACUUAUCAUCGCUCCACCUCCACAGAGAACCACAGAGUCUGUUUUUGACCAGGAGGACAAAGCCACACUCUUAGCCAGACUUCUAAAGAGUGGCCGUGCUGAAGACCUGGAAACUGCAAACAGACUCAUUAAAAGCACCAUCAAGGAGGAGCAGGAAAAGGCAGAGAAAGCACUGAAGCGUGAAUCCACCCUAGAAGAGGUGAAGAGUUGUUCCAUGCAGCUUAGAGAGCUCCUGAACCGGCACACCGUCACUGGAACCUCGCUACCGCCGAGUGAUGACAUGAAGACUCUGUACGAGCGCUGUGACCGGUUGAGGCCCAGUCUGUUCCGUCUGGCCAGCGACACGAUGGAGGACGACGCCGCUCUGGCACAGAUCCUGGCAGCUAACGACGAGCUGACGCUCACAGUGAAUGCCUACAAAGACGGCCUAGGGAGAAAAGAGUGCAACGGUGGAAGAGAAAGAAGUAAAUGUGAAGAGGAAGCGAAGAGUAAAAACAGCAGUACUCCCACGAGUCCCAGAGAGAUUAAGAGCUACCAUCUCAUCGACCUGUCGGCACUGGACUCUCCUAAGUCUCACAGAAAAGCAGAUUCACCACCGCCCUUUGAAUCGCCUUCACUGCAUCCCUCCUUUCACCUGGAGAACGCCAUCCACUUAGUACCCGCAAAAAAUCCCACUAAAUUAGAUAACAAAGUGUCCAAUCAGACUCGAGAGACGACAAAGUCGUACUACGAGGAGCUAAUGCAGUUUAAUGAAGACUUUGAGAACAAGAAUGAUGAGCAGAACGAGGGGAGGGGCCUGCUGCGAGCUCGAGGAUGUGGAGGAAACGGCGUCAUAUCAAACGGGACUGUUACUGGGUCGUUCCCUCAAAUUCAUCAGUUCACCAGCGGAAUGAACGCAGUGUCAGUGGAGAACACAUCUGCAUCUGCACUGCAAUCCCUGAGACACGUCUUUGUUCCUGUGGACUCCAUCAGAUCCAGUCACCUGGAGCCCAUCACGUUAUACGAUCAGGGUGGCGUCCACGUCUCUCUCCAUUUCGCCAAAGACUCCCCGCCGGGUCGUCCAGACGUUGCCGUGGUCGUCAUAUCCACAGUAAACACCUCUGCCGUUGAUGUGAAAGACCUCACAUUUCAAGCUGCCGUUCCUAAGACCAUGUCGGUGAGACUUCAGCCUGCCUCAGGGACACAUCUACCUCCGUACAACCCUCUCCUGCCUCCACCUGCCAUCUCCCAGGUCGUCCUACUGGCCAAUCCUCAGAGGUGUAAGGUGCGUCUACGCUACAAGCUGACACUGACUCAUGGAGACCAACAGCUGCUUGAGACCGGAGAGAUUGACAACUUCCCAGACUGGAAGUCUUUCCACUGAAUAAAAUCUCACACUGGAUUAAAAAACAACAACAACAAAAAACAAGAAAAACUAUGCACCUGACACCUAAGAACCUAGAUUUUAAUACAGUUAAAGCUCAGGUGUGUUUAUUGAACCCCUGAUUCAGAUAUUCAGUAUUCUACACUUGUCUUACAUGGUCGUAGCAGGUACUUUCGCUAAUGGAAAAGCAAAAUAACCGUGUCAUGCCGAGGCGAGGCGGAACCAUGUAGUGGAAAAGCGGCAUAAGUCCGCUGUUGUUCUUUUGCAAAUUGCUGCCUGUUGAUAAAAUGGUAUAUUUAUCGUACA